AUGAAUCCUGCAGGAAUUCUACAGGAGAGGGAGCGUAGGAUCGGCGUCACCCCAGCAUACGAGUGCUAUCUGUGCGUCGCUCCUCCCAGGGGCGACGCGCGCAAGAAAAAAAUUAGAGUAUAUGCGUCAUGGCGGGCGCUUUCUGGCCACGCCGCUCGGGAAACGAUCUACUACAAGGACGCUAUACUAGAUGCUCGAGUCGGGCGCACGCCUCCAAGGAGGACACACAGUACUGGGAUGCCCCUGUGCGACCCAGAGAGGGAGCUCAGGAGGAGCGCCCUGCGAGGUGAGUCCGCGCGCUUCUCCCGCGCCGAGUCGCACCGCGCCGCCGAGGCCAGGCAGAGGGGGGCCGCGUGGGGCGGCGGCGCGGGGCGGGCUCCGAAGGGGGGCGCCGCGGCGGACGCAGCGGCGCCGGCGCGCCCCGGCCUGCAGAUGUCCGUUGAGGUGUGCAUCGCGGAGUGCCCCGCAAGGCCAGGAAUUGGCCGUCAGGCCGCCUCGGACGCCGCGCGGCAGCCGCUCGCACCGGCCCGGGCGGCGCCCCGCCGGGGCAGACCCGCGCUGGCAGCGCGCCCGUCGGCUGGGGAGCGCCGCGGCGCAGGCCCGUGA